GGAAAAAAUGAGGAAACACAGAACCUUUUCACGUAUAUUCCUUCUCUCUCUCUCCUUCUCUUUCUUAUGGCCAAAGUUGAACCAAUCAGCUUCCCUCUGGCCAUCAUCAUCACAUCUUCUUGAAGCUUUCUUUUCUCUUCUUCUCGUUUCUAUUUUCUUUCGUAAUUUCUCCGUUAGAUUCUUAUAAUUAAUCAGUCUCAAGAAUGGCUCAGUCCUGCCUUAAGAUCGUUCGACUCAACAAUCUCAGAAACAGAGUGAACCGUCGUAUUUUGAUCCUCCGUCGAUUCACGCGGCUGCUCUGGAGCAGAAUCGUCGCUUUCUCUCCCAAAAAAUCAGGGAGAUAUUCGUUGCUGUCACGCGCCGCCACUCCCUCUCCGUCUGUCUCUCGUCCUCAGCCUCCUCCCAUCCCCGUCGUACGCCGCAGAUCGGUGCACGAACACGAUAACAGCCACCGGAGAUCGGAUUCUGAUCUGGUUUCUCUCAAGAUCAGCCUCUUAGGAGAUCCCCAGAUCGGAAAAACUUGCUUCCUGGCGAAAUAUGUUGGGGAAGAGAAGGAAGUUGAAAUGAGAGAGUUGGAGGAAGGGAUCACUUGUACGGACAAGAUGUUAUCCAUGGGAGGUGCUCGCAUUUCCUACAACAUCUGGGACUUAGAAGGAGCUGAGAGAUCACGGGAUCAGAUCCCCAUGGCUUGCAAGGACUCUGUAGCAAUUCUCUUCAUGUUCGAUCUCACCAGUCGUUGCACUCUUAACAGUGUGAUUAGCUGGUAUCAACAAGCUAGAAAGUUCAAUCAGACGGCGAUUCCAGUAAUGGUAGGAACAAAGUUUGAUGAGUUUAUUCAACUUCCUAUUGAUCUUCAAUGGGCAAUCGCUAGCCAGGCGAGAACCUACGCGAAGGCGUUAAACGCGACGCUCUUCUUCUCGAGUGCUUCAUACAACAUAAACGUAAAUAAAAUCUUCAAGUUUGUGACGGCCAAGCUCUUCGACUUACCAUGGACAGUGGAGCGGAAUCUCACCAUCGGAGAACCACUCAUCGACUUUUAGCAUCUUCCCACAACGUAUUUGUAGAUAUACAUAUAUAUAAAUAUAUAAAAAGAAGCAAAUGGUCGGAGCACCGUUUCUAGCCGUCUUUAAAGCGAAAUGGAGAGAUGAUGCGGCGGAGAUUUCGCCCGCUUUCUUCAGUAUUUUUCUUUUAAAUAACAAGAAAAACGAAAGAAAACAGAGAAAAAUGGUAUUGAGAGAAAAGUAGCAGGGAUAAAAAGAGAGGAGAUCAUGAAGUUUUUCUUAUUCUUUUUUUUUUGUAAUGUUUCCGCUUUCCAUUUCCACUGGAGAAUUUUGGUUCCAGUAAUAGUAAAUACCAUUUCGCUUUUUGAUUUUCAUUUUUAUAACCUGAGACCGAAUACUAACUACUCACAUCUAUUAACUAAAGAGUUCAAGCUCUCAAGGAUGUGUGUUUCUUUGACUUCAGGAUGAGAGGGUUUCAAAACGGAAAAAACUAUUAUCGCUAGUUAUGAAUUCGUAAUCGAUACAAAUGUGGGCAAACAUUUUGAGCACGCAAAGCAAUUUACCACCUCUGGAAAAGAACAGAAGGAAACAUAGCGAACCUCUCUGAUAACAUCUGCCCUAAUUAAACUUGGAGAAGGUAAGGAACCGCAUCACUUCCAUUCGAAGAGCAGGACCUAAGAGUUUGAAGACCCGAAAGCCAGAUAGUUUGCUCCACAAAUCACCGAUGAAACCACAAAAGAA